AAAGAAAAAAUCAAAGGUAACUUAGCGUCCCUUGUGUUGCUGCGUGAUGACGUAACUUACGGCAAUACGCAAAUGAGUACAGUGCUUGUCAAUAAUAACCUCACAAUGUCAGUUACCGGAAGCACUUGAAGAUCUUAUUAAAAAAACACUUGUUAUAGGCUAUGAAUUUGAUACAAUCAAACGAAAAAAGUUCAGUCAAGCGCUAACAGUGUGCCGCCUUGUGUUCCGUUCGUAACCAAGAAAUGUCGUAAACCGAGGACCCUUUUACUAGGUGUGUACAGUACAGUACUGUAUGUGAUUUGAGAUGAGUGAACUACCCACAGAUGCCAGGAGAUAGCGCCAGACUUCUCACUACUGGAGACUUUACAGUGACGCCAAUCAGUUUUAUAAUUACAGUUUGAACAUUGAGUGGGACGUCGCCAAAAGCAGGGCACCGUGUUAGUUAUUUUUAUAUGACACCACAUAAAGAUGGACACCCCACAGAAGGAGUCUUCGUGGCCGGAAGAACCUUCAUUCACAGUGAGACGUCAAGACAUGAGCCGAGUACUCAAGACGACGCAAAUUCCUAACGGUUUACAAUUGGUUGGUGAUAAUUCUAAGAUUGACCCCUUAUAGUCCGCAGCCUUAUAAGUAAAAGGCACGGACGGGGUUCGAACCCGCGAUCUUCGGUUUACGAGACCGACGCCUUACCACUUGGCCACCGCGCCUGCGCAAGGCGGUCACAGCUGGAUUAUGUAAUAGAGCUCUUCCGUGUAUUUCAAGUCGGUCAGUUUCUUUGUUUAUAAUAGUUUAUAUGCAUAAACUUGUAUCAUACGUUACAUACAGAUAUAAUGUUGAAACUCUACAUAAUAUUUCAGUGUCUUACAAUAACAUUAAUUUUUUUUUAUAGUAACUAGCUUUGUGUUUUUUUCAUACUGACACCUCCUAUGGUGACGUAUUUUGAUGUUAGGUAUGAGGGGUUAACUAAAUUUAGCAGCUUUUUCUUGGGUCGGACUUGAUCUAGAGAUUUUGCGAACCACGGAGCUAUUAAGUGAUCAAUAAAUAGAUGACAGAUUAGAUUUGCUUUGCGUCAUUCAUAAAAACGAAGGUUUAAAGAUUUUCCUGAUUCAAAAGAGAAAGAGAUUCACUGCACUGGUAUGAAUUUGCAGCUGCCAUUUGUUUAAGCCUUGUUCGCAUGUCGGAUGUUUGCUGACAAUUUCAACAAGUUCACCGGCUUGCAAACAAAGGCCUUAUUUUUAAUUGCACUACAAAAGCCGCACACAACCUCCGGUGGCAGCAAAAGGUCAACAGAAUGAAAUGUGAUCCUAAUCCGCAGCAGAAAGUCCCGACAUUGAGCUUGCUUAGCCAAUAGCGCGGAAAAGCACAUGGCUGGGUGUGAUUGUUUUUUUUUCUCCUCCUCCUUCCCGAGCCUGCAAAAUGUAUGAAGUUUGGAUGCACCAUUUCAAGCCAAGUUCAAUUAACAUGAAUAACAUGCAAAAUAUCAAUGCAUCUAAUUUUACUUGGACGCUUUACUUGAAAACGAGAUAGCACUGUGGGGUUUCUAUUCUUGCAAGAGCUACCACAUGCAUGCAGCGUAAAGUAUAUUCAUAGUUAUGAAUAUAUUUUGACACUCGGCGCUCCACUGUAUGAACUGAGCUACAGCCUCCCAGUAGGACCAGCAUGUAGGUCCGGGGGAGCUGGUGAUAGCUUGUGACCAGCUGGAGUCUAGUUGGUGUCAACAGCUACCAGCGGCGCAACAAUAGCAUGUUAGUCUUGCUGGGUGGCUGUGGCGCAGUUGGUCGAGUAAGUUAACCUGAACCAAAGGUUUAGCUGUUUCAAAUUUGGCUACUUUUGCUGGUUGUCUUGCUAGUGAAAGCAGCAAGACCAGCAUUCUGCUGCUGUCCUGCAAGACCAGCACGAAAAUACAACAUGCCGGUCAAUGCUGUUGUUGUUUUUUUUUGUUUUUUUGUUUUUGAUUGAUUGAUUGAUUUAGCAGCGAAGAUGCAGAAAACUAAAUUGGUCAUUGUGAGAAGGAUUGGCUUGAUGUGACCCUGACCAUAACCCGGCAUGCUGGUGUGAAAUCCAAUUGAAUAAUCCAUCUGAUAAUAAAACAACCCCCCACCACACGCUCCCUAUCCGUCUCAUUCUCUUUUAAUUUAUCAUGAAGUCUCUUUGUCCAGUUGGGUUGUGCAAGUUGUAAUACAAAGAUGAUCAACUUUCAUUAAGGUAGGUUUAUGUGGAAAAAAGCCAUUGUGGGAAACCGUUCUGUAAGCCUCCUCACCCGAUGUCAUGCCAGACGUAAAAGUGCAUUGGGGGACUAUCACGUUGAACCUUUUGAGACUACAGGCUCAUGGUAACCAACUAUUUCUGGCUUCUGUUGGGUUAUCCCUGUCAUUCUGAGGACAACACGUGUGGCCAGUAGACGUGCAGCAUGGAACAGGACAACAGCCAAUGCAGCAUAUUCAAGAUGCCCUCCUGCUGGGCGGCCCGCCAGCCUGUCAAUACGGCAUUUUGAUGUCGGAUGAAAAUGAGAGCACCCCCCUCAAGCCCCCCGCAACAGAGAGAGAGGGGCUGGAACAGAGAAAGAGAGGACUCGAAAAGGGAAGAACCUUCGACAGAUGGACUCGCUAGUGAUUAAAGAUGGCGGCGGUCUUUGCUACGGACCACGAAGGAGGAUGCUGGAUCCGUAGUCCGGCGGCGGAGAACCGGGUAGCCCACAGGAAGCGAGAGAGGCAGAUACAAAUGGAUGGAAAAGACCAAGUCGGGCGACCUUUCCUUUUCAUGGAAGCCAGGCGCAUUUUACAUGAACCCAAAACAUGUCAUAACUUUGCUAUGGAAUCGUCAGUGAUUGAACGUACGGCUGGAGGAUGCAGCAGGGGGGUGUUCAACCAUGAGGAGUUACUUUCCUGUGGCGUAAGUAGACAUCUGGAUCUAGUCAUCGUGUUUUUCGCCCUCAACGGGGACGUUCUACUUGGAUGCCAGGACUAUGAGCGUGAGCAACCACGGGGGCUUCCUGGUCGACCCGGGUAGCAGCUUCAAUGAGGAUGCACCCAGACCUCCAGUCCCUGGGGAAGAGGGCGAGCUGGUGCUCACCCAGUGCCACAGCUCCGGCAUCCCGCUAUCCAGAAGCCUCAAAUGUGAAGCGUCCGUGGCCACGCCCAGGCGGCCGGACCAGGACUUGGGCUACGAGCCAGAGGGGAGCGCCUCUCCGACGCCGCCUUACCUGAGAUGGGCGGAGUCGCUUCACUCGCUGCUGGACGACCAGGAUGGCAUCCAUCUCUUCAGGACGUUCCUCAAGCAGGAGGCAUGUGCUGACCUGUUGGACUUUUGGUUCGCGUGCAGCGGCUUCCGCAAACUUGAAGCAACCGAGGGCAACGAUGAGAAGCGGCUAAAACUGGCGAAAGCCAUCUAUAAGAAAUAUGUCCUGGACAACAACGCUAUUGUUUCCAGGCAGAUCAAACCGGCGACUAAGUCUUUCAUCAAAGACUGUGUGAUGAAGCUACAUAUCGAUCCGGCCAUGUUCGACCAGGCUCAGACGGAAAUCCAGACAACAAUGGAGGAAAACACCUACCCUUUAUUCCUUAAAUCAGAUAUAUAUUUGAAACACGCUCAGGCAGGGGGAGAGAGUCCCAAACCGUAUGCUGAUCAAAGCCCACUUCCGGGUCACACAAAGAAUCUGGCGGGCUAUUUGCCAACAUUAAAUGAACAUGAGGAGUGGAGAUGUGACCAAGAGUCGGAAGAGCACCCAGAGUGUGACCUCACGCCCAGCAGCAGGCUCACUCAGAGGCUGCUCACGGAGACGCCAUCACAUCGCACCGCAGGAAGAUUCCAGGAAGAGUACAGACAUACACCUGGUCGGGAGCCCGCCGACUGUUACUACGCCAACGCUGGUCAUGCAUUGGCUCCAGCCACCAGUGCCAACGACAGUGAGCAGCAGAGUAUGUCCAGCGACGCCGACACGCUUUCCCUUACUGACAGCAGCGUAGAUGGCAUCCCACCCUACAGAUACCACAAACCUCAUCGGCGGGAGAUGCACGAGAGCGCUCGAGCAAACGGGCGCGUGCCGCUGCCGAUCAUCCCCCGCACCAACAGGAUUCCGAAGGACAUCCACGUGGCGCCGGAGCGCUUCGCCGCUGACUUGAUCCUCCGCCUGGAAGGCGUCCUGAGAGAGAGGGAGACAGAGGAGCGACUCAGGAGGUUGCGACUGGAAGAGGAAGGCGACGAAGGCUUCCCCGCUGAUGUUCACCCACAGAACUACGCCGACUACUAUGGCCCCUUCCUGAGAGACGCCCACGAGGAGAACCCCGAGAGCAUCCUAGACGAACACGUCCAACGUGUCAUGAAAACUCCAGGUUGCCAAUCACCCGGAACGGGCCGCCACUCUCCCAAGUCCCGCUCACCGGAGGCUUUCAAAGGGACACCGCCGCCGCCCUGGGCGGCUCCUGGUAAACAUCCUUCCAGGCAAGCUGUCAAGGGAGAGUCGGGUCACCACUGCAAGCAUCACACCCACCAGUCGGAGUUACCUUGGGGCGUGGCAUCCACAAACAUGGAGCAUGGAGCUUAUGGGAGCAAAGGUGGUGCACAGUGUAGACGAGCAUUCAAGCGUGGGGAGGAAGCAGCGGCCCCCGUGGAAGACCUGGAGAAGAAGCAGAAGAUCCUCUUGUGGCUAAUGGAGGGACAGAAGGAGAUGAUCCGACACAAGAGGAGCCCGUACGGUAGCACCGCUUGCCCGAGGAAGGUCCCGGGCCAGCCCAGCUGCUCUUGGGACAACGUGCAGCCGUCACAUCCUUUCAUCCAGGACCCCACUAUGCCCCCCAACCCUGCCCCGAGCCCUCUCAUCCAGCUGGAAGAGGUCUGCCGGCGGCUGGUAGAGGAGAAGAUGAUCAAAUCUGGAACGUUGCAGCCCAAGCAACGGUAUGUGAUGGAGGUGAUCCAGCGGGGUCGCACCGCACUCAGGCCAUCAUUGUGCCCGCCGCUCAGCGUGGUGCCCGCCGUGUCAGACUGCGAGCUUUCCGAGCCCGAGCACAAAGCGACUAAAAAGCAAUCGUGCAACAGCAUGACGGUGGCGUACUACUUCUGCGGAGAGCCCAUCCCGUACAGGACCUCCGUCAAGGGCCGGCUGGUGACGCUCGGCCAGUUUAAAGAGCUGCUGACCAAGAAAGGAAAUUACAGGUAUUAUUUCAAGAAGGUGAGCGACGAGUUUGACUGCGGUGUGGUGUUUGAGGAGGUGCGCGAGGACGACGCCACACUGCCUACCUUUGAGGAGAAGAUUAUCGGCAAAGUGGAAAAGAUCGACUGAGACGCGGACGUGAGGAGGGGAAAACGCAUGAGAGCGAUCGAUGAAGGUGAACAGGAAGUGGGUGGAAAGCAAAACGGGAAGUGCUUCAUGGAGGCGCACGAUGUAGCUUUGUAAAGUUUACUUACGAAAAGCCCUGCCGAUGUUUUUUUACUGUGUAAUCACUGGUCCUUUUUAAAGUAACCACACUUAUUGUGAUUCUUUUUUUUAAAAAUGUAAUUAUGCCAGAUGUGUACAGUUUGUGGUAACCAAUAACAUUUAUAUCUAUUUAACUAUUUAAAAUUUGAUACCCUAUUGAAGCCCUGCCCCCCCAAAUCCUCGAUGAAGACGAUCACAAUCCUUUUUAAAAGGAUUCUAUUUAUGACUUACUUCUAAAUGCCACGUAAGUGUAAUUUAUUAUUUUGCAACAUUUUAGUCAGGCAGCACUUUGGGCGCCUCAGUUUUGAAGACAUGAUUUGGGGGCUACUUGUUGCAGGUCCACCUUUGGGAUACAUUAUUCCCCAAAAUUUGAUAGACCACCCUGACGGUGUAAAAUUGUUAUUGUUUUAUUAGACCAUUCCAUUCAUUUCACCCAAGUGUUGGUAAAAUGGCCUCUCAUGAAUAUUGCGAGGGAGCUGUCCAAAAAAAAUUGCAAUCGUAGAUUUGAACAUCUAUGCAAGCUGCUUUCAAGUUAUUAUUAGAAUUGGCCUGUUUGGGGUUACGGUCAUCUUUUCCAUGACAUAUCAUAUCACAGCAUUUUUGAAUGAAGGCUUAUUCCAGCAACAAAAUAAGUGCCUCUCAUUUUGGUGCCUGGAAGGAAUGGUCUCCUUUAAAAGCCUUCUGAAAAUGAACGCAGACUAGUUCAAAACUGUUUUGGGUCAUCGUAACAGGUGAGAAGCCUCGUUGACGUUCAUUGGUCAACAUCCGUGACAUUUGUUACGCUACAAAGAUGCAAAGCUGAAAGGAUGCACAUGUUAAAAACAUAAAUAAAUGUAUCGCUUGAAAUAAUUUCGACCACUUAUGGAGGUGAUUGAGGGCAAUACCUGAGAUUGAUUUUUUUUUUCCUUAUGACAAGCCUGUGUUGCCUCAAAACGGGUUUUGAAGGCAAUAAAAACAAAUUAUCAUCAUGGAUGUGCUUACUAUUUGCUCCAUGGCACCCCCUAUAGGAGUGGAAGCUAAUUAACUUGACAAGGGUAAACAUCCAUACGUUUUUUUUUCUCCCUCCAUACCAAGAUGACUGAUGAAUGUACAAGUUAAAACACACACACAUAUAUUUGUCCAAGCACACCCGCGCCAACCCUAGUGCUUGUACAACUUGAGGGAUGUCCUGGAUGGUCGAUCUUAUUAGACCACCAAAGUAGGAGUUCUGGGGUUGCCGUGGCAACAACCGUGCCCAUUUUCUUUUGAGGACAAGCCAGUGUAGCAUAUCGUAUCAACAUGAUUUUCGGAGCUGUUAUUUUGAAGAUCACUUAAUUACAUAUCAGGUUUGCUUAACAACAACAACAAAAAAGCUCUUCAUUUAUAAUCUUCAUUCAUUCAUUGAAGCUUGUGGCGUAGGAGGUGAGAAUGUGUCGAAGCUCACAGAACAGAAGUGUGUGAAUGUCACAAAGUCUAAAGAAGGCUCAGAAAUUGUUGUUGAAGGACACGGUGGGACGUCAUUCACUUCUUGGCGUGAAGUCUAAGCCGCUGUUCAUGUUGAAGUAGACCUUGAGGGUCUUAUUAUUCGUGUUGCUGCAGGGUAGGAAAAACCAUGUGAUGGAAUGUCCACAAAGCUAAUGAUUUAGAUACACGAUAUAGCUAAUAUAUUUGUCAUACUUUAAGGAAAUAAUUUAAUUUAUGGAUGUCACUUUUCAUGUUUUAGUCUUUUGUGAGAAGCCCUUUUAUUUUCAAGCUCCCAAAAUGUCAUUCAAAUGCAUCAGUGACAUCAGAGUGCCUUUUUAUUGUCAUUGUUAUUAUCAUCAUUAUUGUUACUACUAUUAUUGUUGUUGUUUUAUAUGUAAAUGUUCGCAACGUGACGUGUCAUCAGCCAGCAGCCCAGUUAGAACAUUCAUAACUUCACAAGAGGGGAGGGGGGG